UUCAACAGCUGGUGUGACGUCACGAAGUAAACAUGGCUCUGCAAGUUGCCAGGAACCCGGCUAUUCGCCUGGUCAAAAAUUAUGGCAUUUCGGCUCUCAGAGGAAUUAACAGUUCUGCAGUGCGGAGCUGUUCUGUUGCACAUACUCUGCAAGUCCGAGAAAAGAUUCAGAAAAAGAGAAGCGAUGCUUUACUUGGAGGCGGCCAAAAGAGAAUCGAUGCUCAGCAUAAAAAGGGAAAAUUAACAGCUCGAGAAAGAGUGGAACUUCUUUGUGAUGCAGGCAGCUUUGUGGAAUUUGACAUGUUUGCUGAGCACACAUGUACUGACUUUGAAAUGGAAAAGCAGAAGUUUUCAGGCGAUUCUGUUGUGACAGGACAUGGACUCAUCCAUGGGCGCUUGGCAUACAUCUUCAGUCAAGAUUUCACAGUCUUUGGAGGAUCUCUGUCAUCUAUUCAUGCCAAGAAAAUAUGCAAGAUUAUGGACCAAGCAAUGAUGGUGGGUGCUCCAGUCAUUGGACUUAAUGAUUCAGGCGGUGCGAGAAUUCAGGAGGGUGUUGAAUCAUUAGCUGGAUAUGCUGAUAUUUUCCAGCGAAAUGUGAUAGCUUCAGGUGUAAUUCCCCAGAUUUCCAUGAUCAUGGGGCCAUGUGCAGGUGGAGCAGUAUAUUCACCGGCCUUGACAGAUUUCACUUUUAUGGUGCAAGACACUUCUUACCUUUUCAUUACUGGACCAGAUGUAGUCAAGGCUGUAACCAAUGAAGAUGUUACUCAAGAAGAACUUGGAGGUGCUCGUACCCACACUACCCUGUCAGGUGUUGCGCACAAGGCAUUUGAUAAUGAUGUUAAUGCUUUGCUAAAUCUACGAACCUUGAUGAACUUCCUGCCACAGAGUAAUGAAGACCCUGCACCAAUUAGACAGUGCGAUGACCCUUGGGACCGUGAUGUUCCAGGACUUGAUACUGUCGUGCCUUUGGAAUCUACAGCUGCUUAUAACAUGCUGGAUGUCAUACAUGGUAUUGUUGAUGAGGGAGACUUUUUUGAAAUAAUGCCCAAUUAUGCCAAAAAUAUAAUCGUAGGAUUUGGUCGAAUGAAUGGAAGAACUGUUGGUAUUGUUGGCAAUCAACCCAAAGCUGCAGCAGGUUGCUUGGACAUCAAUUCAUCUGUGAAGGGUGCAAGAUUUGUGAGGUUUUGUGAUUGCUUCAAUAUCCCAUUGGUUACUUUUGUGGAUGUACCUGGUUUUCUUCCUGGUACUGCUCAAGAGUAUGGUGGCAUCAUUCGCCAUGGAGCGAAGCUGCUUUAUGCCUUUGCUGAAGCUACUGUACCUAAAAUCACCAUUAUCACAAGAAAGGCUUAUGGUGGGGCAUAUGAUGUCAUGUCUUCCAAGCACUUGAGAGGGGACAUGAACUACACUUGGCCUACUGCAGAGGUAGCUGUAAUGGGAGCAAAGGGUGCAGUGUCUAUACUUUAUCGUGGCAAAACUGAUGUAUCGAGGUAUGAGGCAGAAUACAUGGAGAAGUUUGGUAACCCAUUCCCUGCAGCAGUCAGAGGUUUUGUUGACGACAUUAUUGAGCCUCGUGUAACCAGACGAAGAAUUUGUCAAGAUCUAGACAAGUUGGCAAAUAAAAAACUGAGUAAUCCUUGGAAGAAACAUGCUAAUAUACCUCUGUAAUUUUUAUAUACCUACAAGUUUAUGUCAGUAGUUCAAACUUUUAAAUUUGUGAUAUAGUACAUAUACGUAUUUAGAGUUUGAAUUAGUAGUACUAUUUCAUAGCUGACAGAGUACAUACAUGUAAUUCUGAAGUGUAGUAGGGCCAUAGAUUAUAACAUUAUUUUAGACUAUAUGAUUUUUAAAAAAUAAAGAAAUGAAAGUC